AUGCCAUUGUUGAGGCUCAUCCUCUUGGUUCUGCUAAUGGGAGAGGGAGACUCUGUGUGUCGACUGCAAGGCUCAGCACAGCCACCUGAACUUGCCCAAGAUGGUGACCUUGUUAUCGGAGGCAUUUUUUCAUUUCGCACCGGGCAGGACUACGUAGUUAACACAUUUGAGACAAUUCCAGGUGUACGGAAAUGCAAAAACUUUAACUUUAGAGAAUUCAAAUUUGCUCAAACUGUGAUAUUUGCUAUAAAUGAGAUCAACAAAGAUCCUGACAUGCUCCCCAAUGUGAAACUGGGCUACAAGAUCUAUGGUGACUGUGGAACGAUGGACAUACUGAGAGCUGCGCUAGCACUGGUGAGUGAUGUGACGAGAGAAGUCUCUGACAACAACUGCACUAAAACUGACACAGUGCAGGCUAUAUUGGGACAUUCAGGAUCACGUCCAACUAUUGCAUUUGCACCAGUUGUUGGAAAGUUUCAUAUACCUGUGGUCAGUCAUUUUGCAACCUGUGCCUGUCUGAGCAACAGAAAAGAAUAUCCAACUUUUUACAGAACUAUUCCCAGUGAUUUCUACCAGAGCAGAGCCCUUGCAAAGCUGGUCAAACACUUUGGUUGGACCUGGAUUGGGGCUAUAGCUGUGAAUAAUGAAUAUGGCUUGAAUGGCAUAUCUGCAUUUAUCCAGGCUGCACAUGAACUAGGAGUGUGCAUUGAAUAUUCUGAAGCAUUUUCAUCAUCAGAUCCACCUGAGAGACUGCAGAAGCUAAUAGAGAUAAUUAAACAUGCAACAUCCAAAGUGAUAUUGGCGUUUAUGUCGCACAGAGAGAUUAAGUUGCUUGCAAAAGAGUUGCACAAACAGAAUAUAACAGGACUGCAGUGGGCUGGCAGUGACGCCUGGGUCACAGAUCACUCUCUGACUGACAGUGAGGGACACAGCAUCCUGGUGGGCUCACUAGGAUUCACUGUCAGUAAAGCUAAGAUCCCCGGGCUGGAGGAGCACCUGAGGCAGCUCCACCCUUCACAGUUUCCCGACAGUCAGUUUGUCAGGGAUUUCUGGGAAGAUGUGUUUGACUGUGCCCUGAAUGCAACUGAAAACACAAAGAAAAAGCCAUGCACCGGCUUGGAGAGCUUGCAAAAUAUUGACUCGCAGUUCACUGAUGUGUCUGAGCUGCGAUUCUCUAAUAACGUGUACAAGUCUGUUUAUGCAGUGGCUCAUGCUCUUGAUAACCUGAUCAAAUGUGAAGAGGGCAAAGGGCCGUUCUUAAACAGCAGCUGUGCAGACAUUAAAAACAUUCAACCGUGGCAGGUCUUGCAGUAUCUGGACUCUGUGAAUUUUACCACUCAGGAAGGGGAAAGAGUUUAUUUUGACAGGAAUGGAGACUCACCGGCCAGAUAUGAACUUGUUAAUUUACAAAUGACCAACAAAGGGACCAUGGAAGGGGUCACAGUUGGUAUUUAUGAUGCAUCUCUUCCAGAGAGCCAUCAGUUUAUCACAAAUAACAUCCCAGUUGUGUGGGGAAAUGGUCUGACCCAGGUGCCUGUGUCAGUGUGCAGUGAGAGCUGUCUCCCAGGAACACACAAGGUCCUCCAGAAAGGCAGGCCAGUGUGUUGUUAUGACUGCAUACCGUGUCCCUCAGGCGAGAUCAGUAAUGUAACAGAUUCAAUUAUUUGUAUGAAAUGUCCUCCAGUGUACUGGUCCAACAAACAGAGAGACGCCUGCAUCCCAAAAACAAUCGAAUUCUUGGCAUAUAAUGAAAUCCUAGGAUUAUUGUUGGUCUUAUUUUCCCUGCUAGGAGUUUUCUUAACUAUCAUAACAACACUAGUCUUCUACUGCCACAAAGAAACACCACUAGUCCGGGCCAACAACUCAGAGCUGAGUUUCCUGCUGCUCUUCUCUUUGACUCUGUGCUUCCUGUGUUCUCUGACCUUCAUCGGCCGGCCCUCUGAGUGGUCCUGCAUGCUGCGGCACACAGCAUUCGGCAUCACAUUUGUCCUCUGUAUCUCAUGUGUUCUUGGGAAAACUAUAGUUGUAUUGAUGGCCUUCAAGGCAACACUUCCAGGCACUAAUAUGAUGAAAUGGUUUGGGCCUGCACAGCAGAGACUCAGUGUUCUGGCUUUUACUCUAAUACAGGUUUUAAUUUGCAUACUUUGGCUGACAAUCAAUCCUCCCUUUCCCUUCAAAAAUAUGAAAAUCUAUAAGGACAGGAUUAUCCUUGAGUGCGCCCUUGGAUCACCUGUAGGGUUCUGGGCUGUGUUAGGAUACAUAGGACUUCUUGCUAUCCUGUGUUUUGUUCUGGCGUUUCUGGCUCGAAAGCUGCCUGAUAAUUUCAAUGAAGCUAAAUUCAUCACCUUCAGCAUGCUGAUAUUCUGUGCAGUCUGGAUCACAUUUAUCCCAGCGUAUGCCAGCUCUCCUGGAAAGUUCACUGUGGCUGUGGAGAUAUUUGCCAUUCUGGCUUCAAGUUAUGGAUUACUUUUUUGCAUUUUUCUUCCAAAAUGUUUCAUCAUUUUGUUUCGACCAGAGCAGAACACAAAGAGACACAUAAUGGGGAAGACCUCUCAUAAUGAUGUACAUUUUUAA